GGGUAGGCUGCUAGACUGCACUCCAGGAGCCUCAAGCCUUGAACACUGCACUUGGAGGCUGUAAAGGAGACAGACUCUGCAUCAUGAACACUCUGUCUGAAGAAAACGGCACCUUUGCCAUCCACGUUUUAAAGAUCCUUUGUCAGAACAACCCUUCAAAAAAUGUAUGUUUCUCUCCUGUGAGCAUCUCCUCUGCUCUAGCUAUGGUCCUCUUGGGGGCGAAGGGAGACACUGCAGUCCAGAUAUCUCAGACACUUGGUUUAAACACAGAAGAAGACAUUCAUCGGGGCUUCCAGUGGCUUCUAAGAAACCUGAACAAGCCAGAAAAAAAAUACUUGCUUAGAAUGGCCAAUAGGAUCUUUGCAGACAACACUUGUGAAUUACCCCCAACCUACAAGGAGUCCUGUCUUCAGUUCUACCACUCGGAGCUGGAGCAGCUGUCCUUUGCCAAAGAUCCAGAGGAGUCCAGGAAGCACAUAAACACGUGGGUCUCCAAACAGACUGAAGGGAAAAUUCCAGAAUUGUUGUCAGAUGGUUCAGUUGAUUCAGAGACCAGGCUGAUUCUUGUCAACGCCUUAUAUUUCAAAGGAAAGUGGCAUCAACAGUUUUACAAAGAAAGCACAGAGGAAAUGCCCUUUAAAAUAAACCAGAGUGAGGAAAGACCAGUGCAGAUGAUGUUUCAGGAAGACAUAUUUAACCUCGCCUACGUGAAUGAAGUACAGGCACAGGUGCUGGUGAUGCCCUACGAGGGCCUGGAGCUGAGCUUUGUGGUCCUGCUCCCGGAUGAUGGUGUGGACCUCAGCCAGGUGGAAAGCAAUCUUACCUUUGAGAAGUUAACAGCCUGGACCAAACCAGACUAUAUGAAGAGAAUUUAUAUAAAGGUUUUCCUUCCAAAAUUUAAAUUGGAAGAGGAUUAUAAAAUGGAGUCUGUAUUUCAGCACUUGAGAAUGAUGGAUGUCUUCCAAGGAAGCAAGGCUGAUUCAUCAGCAAUGUCUCCAGAAAAAGACCUAUGUCUGUCCAAGUUUGUUCACAAGAGUGUUGUGGAGGUCAAUGAAGAAGGCACCGAGGCUGCAGCAGCCUCGGCCAUCAUAAGUUUUUACUGUGCUUGUAUACUUGUCUUAACAUUCCGUGCAGACCGCCCCUUCCUGUUCUUCAUCAGGCACAAUGAAACCAAUAGCCUCCUGUUCUGUGGCAGGUUCUCCUCUCCAUAGGCACAAUUACCAUGUCAGGAACAGUUCUCAAUUCAGCAUCUUGAGAACUCCUGUAACGCUGUGAAGACGGGCAUAUGGCAGAACCAUGUUCCAAGGUGAGGGCACAUUUCUCCUGGCACUCUGAUCUUCAGAUGUCCUCAUUCAUUUCCCCCUUUCCUGACCUUAUCUAUGGCAUUUGCCGGGUCUCAGGGCCACAGAGUGCUUUGGUUCCCUGUUACGUAUAACAACAAAAGAGGCAAACAAUUCCACAAGGUAACCACAAAGUUCGCUAAGGGGACCUUAAUAAGCACCCCUCACACUGCACUGACAAAUCAUGCCAACUAUAUAUUCUGUGCUUUCCUGGCUCCUCAACUCUUGCCAUCACUUGUCUUAAUCUGUACACAUGAGAAUAGACACUUCUGUGGAUGAUGACUCCUAUUGCAGUUUUCCAAGUGAUUGGUCCUUAAUGCACACUUUAAUAUUACUUUUCUUUGCUGUCCACCAGUCACCAGGUGUGUGCCCACCACUGUGCUAGUCUUGGGGGCAGAUGCAGACAGUGUGGUCCUCCUCCAACAGCUGGACUUCACUACUUUUUCUCAAAUUAUCUCUCUGCCAUGACAGCUACCUCGAACUACUAUAUUUCCUCUUUGCUGAAAUCAUGAUUCUUUAAACUAUUGUUUUUCUCCACAAGCAAUUGUACUAGUCAAAUUCUGU